UACAGAUUUAGCUCUGUUAGCUCGAUGGCUAGCAAACACCAGUAUUCUGAGGGAUAUGUAGCCAGUCUGUCAUUUGAAAGGUGUUUCCCAAGCAGCGUUAGCCAGACUAGGAAGUGAAACACUCCCGCGGAGUAGUGUUUUCUGUCAAGACCUCAGAGUGAAAGGACGACCAGAGACCAGAAAUCGGAGCUAACGUUGGUUAGCCGCUAACGUUAGCUUGCCAGCGCAAUGGCCUACAGGUGUAUCGCAGAUGAUGUAAGGCAUUUCUGCCUGUAGAGACCACGAUGACUGAAGUCCAGGCCACGGUGGAGUUUUCUGUGGAACUCCACAAGUUCUACAAUGUGGACCUGUUCCAAAGGGGGUUCUACCAGAUUCGUGGCAGUCUGAAGGUGCCACCCCGAGUUCCACACAAAGUUGAGACCAGUCUACUCCACCCAGGAGGCUCUGAUCUGGCAUUCCCUGCUUCAGUCCAAGAUGACGUCAUCUCCAGCAAAACUUUCCAAAUCCUGUACAAGAAUGAAGAGGUUGUCGUCAACGAUGUCCUCCUCUUCAAAGUGAUGAUGCUGCUGGAUGAGAAGAAGGUGGAAGAGUCCCUCAAUGACAUAGAUUUCCAGCUCUUCUUGGAUUUAUACUUCACAGAUGGCGAUUACUCGCCAGAUGACCCAAGCUCUCUACAGAAUAUCAGUGGCCGCACACUUCGUUUGCACUUUAGCCUUCAGCGAGGCAUCCACCAACACAUCAAUGUCAUGUUUGACUACUUCCACCUUUCUGUCAUCUCUGUAGCCAUCCACGCCUCUCUGGUGGCACUUCAUCAGCCCCUUAUCAGUUUUCCUCGACCAGUGAAAACCACAUGGCUUAACCGCAAUGCUCCAGCACAGAGCAAAGAUUCAAUCAUCCCACCUCUGGAGAAUGUGGUGUUUGGCAGCACUUAUGUUAAGCAAGUCUCACCAGAUGGCAGGACAUUCCUGGUUUCUGACCACUGUCUGCAGCAUGCCUUCAGUCUACACCACAACCUGUGCUCCAGUCUCCUGCUUGCCUACCAGGGCCUCUUUGGCUACUUCACCUCUGUCACCAAAGACUUGCCCUCCUCGCACCGUAUGGAACUAGCCAAGCCCAGCAUGCAAGUCCUUUAUGAGAGAGUACUCAGAAGACCCUAUCCCCGAAGUCAAAGGCACGUCUACAUAGAACAACUCGACUUAGAGGCCCGUCUUGCUGAGUUAUCGGAACAAGUUAAGCAGAAAGCAGAGUCCCCUGACGAGUUGGCAGAACUAGUGAAUAUGAACCUGGCUCAGCUGUGCUCUCUGCUUAUGGCCCUCUGGGGGCAGUUUCUAGAGGUAGUGUCCCUGCAGGAGCAUGUUGCUGCCCUUCUAGCAAUGGAGCACCAUACACUAAGAGUUAGGCGGUUUGCUGAAGCUUUCUUUUGCCUUGAACAUCCGAGACAAUCUGCUCUGGCGUAUCAAGAGUUGCAUGCUCACAGUCACCAGCAGAUGACUAAUGCUAUCAAAAGCUCCAGCUACUUUCUGUCUUUGCCUCCACUUCCAGUGGAAUGUGCUGACCUGGAUGGUGAUGUUAGCUCCUUGCCAAUCAUCUUUGAGGAUAGAUACCUGGAUUCCAUCACUGAAGAUCGUGAUGGACCCUGGCUGGGCAUGCACAAUACAAGAACUGGUUCAGUGUCCAGUAAAACUGACAAGCUUAACUCCAAGGACUGCGGGGCAGCAGCCAGCCCCUUGCCUGAGUCUCGGUGUGCUCCUACAGAGAACACUUGGCCAGACAGCUAUGAUCCACCACCUAAGUCCAAAGGCAAGUCGGUUAAACUGAAGAAAAAUUCAAAGACUGACAACUCCAAGAAGCUGAUUAGACAGGGCUCCAAGGACUCUGUAGUUUUGGUGGGCUAUAAGAACCUCAAAGCUCCUUAUGGGGAUCCCAGCACAAAGUACAAAGAGGGGGAAGCCCCCCUAAACCAAGAGGAGGAACAAGCCUUGCAGGGCUACUCAAGUAGUCAUUCAAGGACUAAUACCAAUUCUGUUUUUGAACCUGGUGCCACAUCAGCACAUUGUGGAAACAGUGUUGUUGAUUCUGUUGGAGAUGACAAUAUAACUACUGCUGCUUGUCAAAAAGGUUUCUUCAAAAAUCCUACAAACUUGGAUGCACAGAAUAAUCCUCAGGCAGGUACUGGGGCUGUCGCUACAUGCAACCAACCACUUAACAAAGAUGAGCAAGCUGACCAUUGUGGCCGAAAGCUGCCACAGUGGCCUGCUGGCCUUAAGCAAAUUGAGGUGAAACCAAGUCACAAAGACCCAUACCAAGGGGACAAAGUUACAGUUCUUCUACCGUGUCGGACUGAUGGAGCUCUUAGCAGUAAUAUUCCCGAGAUUACCCAGACAAGCCUCUGUGACUCAAGACAAUCUGUGGUGGACUCUAUGUUUGAGAGAUCUGGUAAAGAGGCAGCACAGCGUAGCCAGUCUUGUCUGGUGUCAGUACAGGUAAAAAGUGAUUGUAUCAGGCUGCCAGAUGGAGGAGCCCCCAGUGCCUCUUCCCGUCUCUCAGACUCAGGCAUUGAGAGUGAGCCCAGCUCCUUUGCCACUCAACUCGUUCCCGGACCACAGACCUGUGCGGGGCUAGGUGUAGCUGAAUCAACUGUCGCUGCUCCACAGCCGGACAGGCCCCUCCUGAGUCCUGCACCAAGGCCUGUUCAACCAAGUUCAGUGCAAAAGCUCAGUGGUGCAGCAGAAAUUCUUUACGCAGAAAGUACCAGUGCUGUCAGUGGAGUUCAAUCAUCUCUUACUUCCAUCAACUCCUUGCCCUCAGAUGAUGAAGGCGAGGGUUCCUCAAGGGGCUCUAGUGGGGCUGAAGUCCGUGGUCGGAAGUCCAGUGUAUUGGUGCAGGAGCAGAGUGUAGUUUUUUCUGGGGAUAUCACUAAAAGAUCAGCCAUUGAUGUGGCCUGCACCCCAGAUUCUGCGACAGUUGAUUCCCUUCUUAUAAAACCGGCCCUAGACUUGGAAACAGACCCCAAGUUGAUAGGUAUUUCUGAAGGCGGACUAGAGGGAGCAUCUGGCCCUGGUGCCAGUAAAGAAUCCCGAAGUGAACCCCACACUGCCUGCCCUUCCAGUAACUCUGCCACCAGUAGCACUGACCUGGUAAAACGUGGGAUGGUAGAAAACUAUUUUGGCUCCUGUUCUAGCACAGACGUGUCUGAGAUCAGUCCUGUAGAAACAUCUGCUAUCACACUGGGAAUCCAGACAGGACCUCCAGUUGAGGAGGAUGAGGAUGAGACCGAGCAUGAGAUGAUCGAGAAUGGUUACUAUGAGGAAGGAGAUGGCUACACCUUUGUGAAUGGUGUUGCUGAUGAGGAGCGAAUCGGAGACGCAGCUGCUCAGGAGACAUGUCUUCUGUUCGAACAGCUUGGAAUCGGCUACCUCCCCGAAACCAAGGAUUUAUCAAAAGCUCCAAUCUGCUCCAAUCUAGCCUCCAGCAGUGCUGAGUACAGUUUGGGAAGGCCCCCCUGUCCCUCAGCCUCCCAUUCCUCCAGCCUGCGGUGGUAUGAAUGUGUACCCACACCACAGAUGAAAGCGUUCAUCAAGGCCAAGGAAGAAAUGAAACAGCUAAGGUUACCUGGCUUCUUGUACAGUGAAGUGCCGGAACUGGCAUCCACUGUGCCCUACUUCAGCUUGGAGGAAGAUGAAAGCUGUGAAGAAGGCAUCCAUCUCAUCGUCUGCGUCCAUGGCCUGGACGGCAACAGCGCAGAUCUGAGACUUGUGAAGACUUACUUGGAGCUUGGACUGCCUGGUGCUCGUAUAGAUUUCCUCAUGUCCGAGAGGAACCAGAAUGACACAUUUGCUGACUUUGAGUCAAUGACAGAUCGUCUGCUGGAUGAAAUAGUCCAGUACAUCCAAAUAUACAACCUCACAGUGUCAAAGAUAAGCUUUGUGGGUCAUUCGUUGGGGAACCUUAUAGUUCGCUCAGUACUGACCAGACCCAGGUUUAAAUGUUACCUGAGCAGGCUGCACACCUUCCUUUCCCUCUCUGGACCUCACCUUGGCACACUGUACAACAGCUCUGCUCUGGUCAACACAGGUCUUUGGUUCAUGCAGAAGUGGAAAAAAUCAGGGUCACUCCUUCAGCUGACCUGUCGUGAUCACUCUGAUCCUCGUCAAACCUUUCUGUACAAACUCAGCAAGAAAUCUGGUCUGCAGUUUUUCAAGAAUGUGGUGCUUGUGGGAUCGCUGCAGGAUCGCUACGUCCCCUAUCAUUCUGCUCGAAUAGAGAUGUGCAAAACUGCAUUAAAGGACAAACAGACAGGUCCCGUGUAUGCUGAGAUGAUUGAGAAUUUGCUGCUGCCAGUACUUCAGAACAAAGACUGUAAUCUAGUGCGAUAUGAUGUCAUUCACGCCCUGCCCAACACAGCCAAUUCUCUUAUCGGCCGGGCUGCCCACAUUGCCGUCCUUGAUUCUGAGAUCUUCCUGGAGAAGUUCUUCCUUGUUGCAGGCCUCAAGUUCUUUCAGUAGAACUGCAGAAGAAUCAAACACAUGGACGAGAGGAAUGUGGAGCUAAUACCUCAUUGCAUCUAAACCUUAUUUCUAAUUACAAUAUCUGGAUUAUCACGUAGUUUUUAAAUACUUCUAUUUACUUUUCAAAAACAUGAGCAAAGUCACAAAUCCUUUUGCUUUAUGUUGUUCAUAUUGGAAUCGCGGUGGAUAUGGAUAUCGACAUUUUUAUUUUUCUACUGCCAUUUUUUUUUAAACACUAAUUUUUUUUUGUGUUUGGGAAAUCAGUAACCCCCAUUAUAUAUGCUAUAUUUUCAGUGUUAUUUAUGUGUUAUGUUUCUAUUUGUAUUUUUCUCCAAGUUUUUAAAUUAAUUUUAGAUGCUGAACUGGAAAUGUAGCUGCUACAAAGAAAAAUGGCAAGUCAAGUCUGCACAUACUGUUGUCACCAUUGCAAAUGUUUUUCCACCAAUUUUCACUGCAUUAAUUUGCACCACGACUACAUUUUACAAGCUUUUGUACUGAAAAUGGUCAUUUGUACAAGUUACUUUUUUAUCAACUAUUUUCCAUCAUUUUUAAAGGCAAAGAUUGCAUUUGAAAUAGGAUUGUUGUUCAGACUCUGCAUCCUUGGCUUCGUUCUUAAUACAUUAUGCUGUUCUUUGCCAUUGCAGCAUUCUGCACAACAUUUACCCAGCCUGGUGUUGGGAUAAUAAAGCUUUGCCUACAACAUGACAGCAUUUUAUUACAGGGGUUUUGAGCAAUGAUCACAAUUCAGCAAAAGCACACGUUGGUAAUAUGAACUUGUUUUAUUUUGAAAGUAUUUAGUUGGUAUCAUUUGGUGAUUAUUUAUGUGUUUCAACUGGAAAGUAUUGCUUGGAAUUAAAAAAAAAUGUUUAUGACAAUUGUUUAUAUACCAUUAUACUAUACCAUUAAAUAUGCAUA